AUGAUAACUGUCUCACAGAUCAUACUUGGAUUCAUUGUAAGUACUGAAAUUGUAUUUGGAAAUUUUGGGAAUGGAUUGAUAGUACUUGUGAACUGUGCUGGCUGGGUCAAGAAAAGAAAAAUUUCUUCAGCUGAUAAAAUUCUCACUGCUUUGGCAAUCUCCAGGAUUUUUCACCUCUGGGUAAUGCUUACAUAUCUUUACAUAUCUAUUUUUGAUGUAGAUUUAUUUUUAGAUAAAACGUGUUUGAUAAUAAGUUGUAACGCCUGGACAGUAAGCAAUCAUUUUAGUCUAUGGUUUGCUACAAAUCUCAGUAUCUUUUAUUUUCUCAAAAUAGCCACUUUCUCUAACCCUAUUUUUCUCUACCUAAAAUGGAGAGUUAAGAAGACUAUUUCAUUCUUAUUUCUGAUGGUCUUGCUCUUCUGGUGUUUUAAUACUGCACUGAUAAACAUACAACUUAAUAUCUGGAUUAAUGAACAUGAAAAAAACAUGACUUACAGUUUAAUGGGAAGUGACUUUGCACAGUUUGCAAGUCUUACUGUCUGGAUUAUAGCUAUUUUCACUUCCAUACCCUUUACUGUGUCCCUGAUAACAUUUCUCCUGCUGAUAUUCUCCUUGUGGAAACAUCAUAAGAAGAUGACACUCAAUGGAAAAGGACACAGAGAUGUCAGCAGCAAGGCCCACAUAAAAGCUAUGCAAACUGUGAUCUCCUUCCUCUUACUAUAUGCAGUUUUUUUCCUGUCUUACUUCAUACCUGUUUGGAGAUUUCACAGUCAGAAAAGAAUCAUUCUUUCUAUAUUGAGCCAAGUUCUUGCACUUUUUUAUCCUUCAGGUCACUCGAUUUUGUUGAUUCUGGGAAACAAAAAGCUAAAACAGACCUUUCUGUCAGUUGUGUGGGAGUUGAGGUACUGGCUGAAAGGCAGAAAAGUCUCAUUUCAUAGAUAA